GCCGUCUGUUCUAGUCACAUCGAUCGUCAGUUGAAAGGCUACGUGGGCGACAGUCAACUGGAUUAUUCAGGAGCGUUGAUGGUACUGACGAUCAAGCUGUCUUCAUUUGGGUUUAACGUACUGGAUGGACGUACGGAGGACCGGUACCUGACUGAAUACAAUCAGCGAAUGAAAAUCGCACGAUACCCUACGUUGAUCGAAUUCUUUGGCUGGGCCUUCUUUUUUGGCGGCUUCCUGACGGGCCCGGUGUGCGAAUACAUGGAUUACAUUCGCUUCACCAACCUUCCCCUGGUCGAGACCGCUCCCAACGAGUCCAAAAAACCCGUGUCGUCUAAUUUAAGUACCUGGAAACCGGCCAUGUUCGUCCUUACCAAAAGUAUUAUACUUGUCAUCAUUCUCGUCCUUUUUGCGCCUACCUACAACUACUAUGCGGCGCUGGAGCCCGCCUAUCUCGCGAUGCCAUUCUACCAGAGAUUUUUCUUUCUGCAGGCUUGUGGCUUCAUGACGCGUGUCAAGUAUUACUCGGUGUGGGUAAUGGCCGAGGGAGCUUGUGUGCUAUGUGGAUUGGGAUUCAGCGGUAUCAAUAGUGAGGGCAAACCGCAAUGGGAUCGUUUACGUAAUGUUCGUAUCCGUGAGUGCGAAACCGCGCCUUCGGUCAAAUACUACACGGAAAACUGGAACAUGAAAGCCAACAUCUGGCUCCGUCACUAUGUCUAUCUUCGUCUCACGCCUCCGGGGGCCAAACCGGCCAUCAAAAACACUUUUUGUGUCUAUGCCAUCUCGGCCAUGUGGCACGGAUUCCAUCCAGGCUACUAUCGCAAAUUUUUUUGUGUAGUCUUUUUCAUCCCUGUGGGUGUGUAUCAGACUUUGAGUCGUAGUUGCCGACGUCUGAUCCGACCUCUCACUCUGGAGCCGGACCAAAAGACGCCUCGUCCGUUUUGGAAAUCCGCAUACGAUGUGGUUGGAUGGUUCUUUACUUACACUGUGAUCAAUUUCCUCAUUGGAGCAUUCGAUUUGCUUUACAUCUCGCGUAUUUUACACAUAUGGCGCGGCAUUUACUACUACCAUCUAUGGGGAGCCGCGUUGCUGUGGGGAUUCUACAAGCUUAGCUAUCCGUUUUUCAUGAAGCUACAGAAACAACGGCUGCAGGCAUCAGAAAAGGCGGAAGACAAAAAGCUCAGUGACCUGGAAGUCAAGACCUCUCAAACCAUGCGGAAACGAACAUUGAAAGCCGAAUAA